AUGGAAGCACAUCAUGGAACAAUGGCAGGUCAUUUUGGUGCACGGAAGGUGUUCCAACAGUUGAGAAAACAUGUCUUUUGGCCCGGAAUGCGCCAAGACAUUGUAAAGUGGACCCGCGAAUGCCAGCGGUGCUUCAUUUCAAACAAUACCACAGGUCAGGUGCCACCACUGAAACCAAUAGUGACCACAAAGCCAUUUGAAAUAAUAGGACUCACAAGUAGAGGCAAUCGUUACAUAGUGACAAUUAUUGAUCACUUCACGAAGUAUUUAGGCGCAUAUCCCGUACCUGACAAACGGGCUGAAACCAUCGCAGAGGUAAUUUUUAGCCAGUGGAUCUGCGGUGCAGGUAGAUGGCCAGAGGCUAUAUUGUCAGAUCGUGGCACCGAAUUUGAAAAUACCGUUGUGUCUGCAUUGUGCGGGAUUAUGGGCAUAAAACACUUGUUUUCGAAAGGGUAUUGCCCUCGUGAAAACGGUCUAACUGAG